AUGCCGGUCUAUGCGCUCGGUGCCGCCCUGCCGCGCCUUUCGCAAGGCGCCUGGGUCGCGCCUGGGGCGCAGGUGGUCGGAGAUGUGCGGCUGGGGAAGGAUGUUGGCGUGUGGUUCAACUCUGUUCUGCGAGGGGACGACUCACACAUCGAGGUGGGGGAUGGGACCAACAUCCAGGAUUUGACCAUGGUGCACCUGGACGAGGGGCUCCCCUGCACCAUCGGCAGGAAUGUCACCAUCGGCCAUGCCUGCGUGCUGCACGGCUGCACCAUCGAGGACGAGGUCCUCGUUGGUAUGGGAGCCAUCAUCCUCAACAAGGCCGUGAUCGGCCGGGGGAGCGUCGUGGGGGCUGGGGCGCUGGUCUUGGAAGGCAUGCAGGUGCCUCCCUUUUCCUUGGUCGUGGGCUCCCCCGCAAAG